UUUGGGGGUCUAUAUAUAUAUAAAGGUUUUGGUGCAUGAACUUGGAAUAAGCCAACAUAGCUAGUGAACAUCAUUAUACCACACUAAGUCACUAAGAUAAAACGAAACACUCCCAAAAUGUCUCUUCCAUUUACACUUCUCCUUCUAUUGAUAUUUUCAACAUCGCCUUCUUAUUUCAUAUCUCUCGCACACUCCAAAGUUGCCCGACUUGCGAUUUCUCCAACAACGCUAAAGAUUGCACCUGAUGGAUCAACACAAAAAGUAGAUGCAUCUGACCUUAAGAUGUUCUAUUUUAAUCAGACCCUCGAUCACUUCACAUUCACACCCAAAAGCUACAUGACUUUUCAACAACGAUACGCCAUUGAUUCUACGCACUGGGGUGGUGCUAAAGCAAACGCGCCGAUCUUAGCAUUUCUUGGAGAGGAAUCGUCAUUAGAUUCUGACUUGUCUGCCGUUGGCUUUCUUCGUGACAACGGUCCCCGCUUUAAAGCGCUCCUCGUCUACAUAGAGCAUAGGUAUUAUGGUAAGACGAUGCCAUUUGGAUCAGCAGAAGAAGCUUUGAAGAACGCAAGUACGUUGGGGUAUUUGAACGCAGCACAAGCCCUAGCAGACUAUGCAACAAUUCUCUUGCACGUUAAGGAGAAGUACUCUACCAAACACAGCCCUAUCAUUGUCAUAGGAGGAUCCUAUGGUGGAAUGUUAGCGGCAUGGUUCAGGCUAAAAUAUCCACACAUAGCACUUGGAGCAUUAGCAUCUUCAGCUCCUCUUCUCUACUUUGAAGAUACUCGUCCUAAGUUUGGUUAUUAUUAUAUCGUAACCAAAGUUUUCAAGAAAACAAGUGAAAGAUGUUAUAACACAAUCCGUAAAUCUUGGAAAGAAAUCGAUAGAGUUGCUGCCAAACCCCAAGGUCUCUUGAUUCUCAGCAAAAAAUUCAAAACUUGCGCUCCAUUGAACGGAAGCUCCAAUAUCAAAGACUUUUUGAACACGAUAUAUGCCGAAUCCGUUCAAUACAACCGGGGUCCUAGUUAUUGGGUUACCAACGUGUGCAAUGCAAUCAAUGCCAACCCACCAAACAGUAAACAUGAUUUACUCGACAGGAUUUUUGCCGGUGUUGUCGCUUUAGUAGGCAACCGAACUUGCUAUGAUCCCAAUAUGUUUGCGCAGCCAACAAACAAUGUUAUCGCAUGGAGAUGGCAGAGCUGCAGUGAAAUUGUUAUGCCGGUGGGAUAUGACAAACAAGAUACCAUGUUCCCGACAGCACCGUUUAAUAUGACCAGUUACAUUGAGGGCUGUGAAUCAAAUUACGGUGUCCCACCUAGACAACAUUGGAUCACAACGUAUUUCGGCAUUCAGGAUGUCAAGUUAAUCCUCCGAAAAUUUGGGAGCAACAUAAUCUUCUCCAAUGGGUUGUCAGAUCCAUACAGUGUGGGCGGAAUUUUGGAGGAUAUUUCAGAUACUGUAGUCGCCAUCACAACGAAUGGUUCGCAUUGUCAGGACAUUACCUUGAAGAGCAAAGAAGAUCCGGAGUGGCUGGUGAGGCAAAGGGAGAAAGAAAUUAAAAUAAUUGAUUCUUGGAUUUCAACGUACCAAAAGGAUCUGAGAGAUCUUAACAUAUCAAUCUAAAGUUUGUUUGGUUAUAGUAUAAAGCAAUAAAAUAUAAAUCAAUAACUACUUACGUACAUCCGUAGUAUUAUUGCAAUAGUUACUGAGAUUGUACUGGGAUUGGGCUAGACUUUUGAAUAUUUUAUAAGUAGUUGCAGUUGCUUUUCAGUCUCUCUCAGUCCACGACGUGAUGAGAACGCUAUGGUAGAAGACCAUUGUACGCUAUACAGACUUUGAGACUUUGAAAAAAGGAAAUGUUUUAUCUA